GACCUCCAUGAUGACACAAGUAAAUAAUUAGCUCAACUAAGUGAAAAAUGGAACAUAUAAAGUGAGCUAUAGAGCAGCUAGCUAGCAUGAGAAUGUGUGUGUGUGUGACUGAAUUAAACUUGGUACCCUGUGAAUGAGUGUAUUUGUGUGUGGGUGUGUGUGUGUGUGUGUGUGUAUGGUUGGGGGCAGUCUCCUUGUCACAGUGACUGUGGUUUGUGAACAGUGCAACCACACAGUCAGUGAGGCAGAAGCGUGUCAGACAUCUGAGCCUCUGUCGCAUCAGACCCCUGACGGACACUGACGCAGUGUUUCUGUAGAGUCUCUGGACUCAGGCAGUGUACGUAUGGAGAGACAGGCGGUGCAGCGGACCAGGGAGGCCUUCCUGAGUGGCAGGACCCGGCCUUUGGAGUUCAGGCUGCAGCAGCUGCAUGCCCUGAAGCGGAUGAUCAGUGAGAAAGAAACAGAAAUUUCAACUGCACUUAAACAGGACAUCAACAGGAGCCAGUACGACACACCUCUCCUGGAGCUAAUCGGCAUUGAGAAUGAGAUCAAGCUGGCGAUAGACAAACUGGCUGUGUGGGCAGCUCCUCGGCCUGUAGAGAAGAACUUCCUCACCAUAUCAGAUGAGGUUUAUAUUCAGCCUGAGCCCCUUGGAGUGGUACUUAUUAUUGGAGCCUGGAACUACCCCUGGGCCCUCACUCUGGGGCCCCUGAUCGGAGCCAUAGCUGCAGGCAAUGCAGCUGUGGUGAAGCCGUCGGAGCUAAGCGAGUAUUCUUCCCUCCUCCUCCAGGCACUGCUGCCUCGCUAUCUAGACAAGGACCUGUACCCAGUAGUAACAGGUGGCGUGUCUGAGACCCAGGAGCUGCUGAGGCUGAGGUUUGACCAUGUCUUCUACACAGGAAGCAGCACAGUUGGUAAACUGGUGAUGGUGGCUGCGGCUCGCCACCUCACUCCAGUUACCCUAGAACUGGGAGGGAAGAGUCCCUGUUACAUUGACAAGAACUGUGACAUCAGAACUGCCUGCCGUCGUAUCACGUGGGGUAAGUUUGUCAACUGUGGUCAGACCUGCAUCGCUCCAGACUUCAUCCUGUGUGAACCCUGCAUCCAGGGUCAAGUGGUGGAAUGCAUCCGACAAACUCUGCUGGAGUUUUAUGGAGCUGAUCCCAAAUGCUCACCUGACUACGGCCGGAUUGUCAACCAGCGUCACUUUAACAGAGUGAUUGGUCUGAUGGAGGGUUACACUCCAGUGGUGGGAGGCCAGAGUGAUGCUUCACAGUGCUACAUCGCCCCGACAGUCCUGAAAGACGUGCCUCCCCAAUCCAGAAUGAUGCAGGAGGAGAUCUUUGGUCCUCUGCUGCCCAUCGUCACUGUGAGUGACAUGGAUGAUGCCAUUCACUUCAUCAAUGAGAGAGAGAAACCUCUGGCCCUGUACAUCUUCUGCAGUGAUAAGAAGGCUUCAAAAAAGAUGAUUGGUGAGACCACGAGUGGAGGAGUGACGGUCAAUGACGUGAUGAUGCACUACACACUCAGCUCUCUGCCGUUUGGUGGUGUUGGUCAGAGUGGUAUGGGCCGCUACCAUGGAAAACACACCUUUGACCAGCUAAGCCACCAGAGGGCGUGUCUGAUCCGGUCUCUGGGCAUGGAGAAUGUCAACUUGGCUCGGUACCCUCCCCAGGACCGCCGGCGGGCACGUAGGGUGCGGUUGGCCCUCAGGUCACCCCUGAUUGACAUGUCCAAGAGGACGUUCAUCUGGGCUGUUGUCGCCACCAUCAUUGGCUUCGGCCUGUUCAUCAGCCUCCUGGUCAUCCUGCUCAUAGCUUCAGGCCUCAACUGUACCUGCUGGUACUGGAGAGGCUUUUAUAACUACUUCUACUGAUAACCAGAGACACUUCUCAAAGACAGUGCCUGUAAUUUGUGUUCCAUGUUACAAACCUGAACAAAAUGAAUCCUGUUUUACAUUCAGAUGUUUUAAAUCUUUCCAUAUAUGUUUUAAAUAUACAACUGAGGGUUGAGGGUUGAGGCCAUUAGAUCUAACUUCUAUUUGCUGUGUGCCUGAUUUUGUACAUAAUAUGGUUCUUAUUUGUUGCAAAAUUAACGAAAGCACAAAUUUGAUCAUGAAGUGAGAAAUCCACAGUCCACAUACAGUAUUCAAUAAUUACAUACAUGCAUUUUUUGCUUUUUUAUUACAAAAUAAGAUUUUUGUUAAUAUGUUACUAAUUUAUUUAGCAAUUUUGUUGAAGUUCUUCUGAAAAUGCCUUUUCUUUUUAAAAUAAUAUGUCAGUUUCAAGCUGCCUGUGACAAGUCGUUAUCCUUUACAUUUUCAGCUCUAAUUUUCGAUCAUACUAUAUAAAACAUGCAGAUCAAGAUGAAUCGCAUCUUUUUUCCACUCUGUGUUGAUUUUUGAAACAACAAACACAACCUCUACGGACAUUAAAAUGAACCCUUCUUCAAAUAGUAA